AUGUUGAGGAGUAAAUGGCUCGCCUCAUUUCGGCAGCGGCAAGAAUGUCCAAAUUCCUCAGCCGAGGAUGUUCCGGCCAUCGACACACAAUCUAUCCGAGCUGGGGGCGACCCCAUCCGCACAUUCAUGGAGAUUGGCGACAGCGGCGCGACACAUCGUUGUCCACAGGCAGAUCUUGUGGUGGCUCACUUCGAAAAGGCCGAACGAUCACGUUUGCCUCUGGUUCGGGAGCAUUCUCAACCGGUAGCCCUGGUGUAUGACCACGUGUUUCGGGGUGAGAGUUGGGAAUCAGGACCUUCUAAUGGCGCAUUCACAGCCGACCAGCUCUGCAGUCGCUUGAGAGCACCACGACCUCGAUAUUCGCGUGCUGGUGCCACGGCGCGUGGCAAAUCUACUCCACAGGUUGGAACGCCCCCACAACUCGAGCAACGAAUGCAACCUAAAGGAUACACAGAGGGCCCAGAGCCCAAUACUGAACGGAGGAUCGUCUUUAUCACAGAUCUGGAUAAGCGAACUGCAUCUGCAGUAGCUUCUGCUGCGCCAGCCAAUCAAGUCACUCCUCUACAGAAUGCCUUAUAUCGACACUGCGCCGCAGGACAGAACUAUAUUGGCAUGGCUAUACCUCCACUCUUUCUGCCGAUAUUCGAACUUGCCUUUCAUCUCCCUCUUCAGUCGUGGCAGCUUACGCGGGGUUCUGAUAUCCCACGCGGCAGUAGGGACGUAGCAUUUCUGGAUUUGCAGAAUGGGGAGCGCGCGCACGUGUGCACAGCGAAGUUCAGCUGCGUGGUUACCGGCAUAGACGAGUGGCGCUGGAUAGCAUACUGCUUCAUAGACACACUUUACGAUCCUACCGACGAUCGUGAAAGCGUUGAGGACUAUGUUCACGAUGGUGAAGGCAUGUCCCCCUUCCGGAUGGCCAUGGACCCUUGCACCCACGGCCGGCAUCCUCUCGAACCACCUGUACGAGACCCUAGAAAGUGGUUUCUCAUGGUUCUUGAGGCACGGCUACUAUCGAGCAACAAGGAAUGGUUGCAUUUGAUUCAUAAGAUAGAGGAGAGCAUCGAAUCGUUCGAAGAGGUGAGCCAAGUCCCCUGA